AUGGCCGCGGCGCGCAAGGCGCUUGAUACCGCCGAGCCUUUUGCCCGCUACCGGGCACGCGCCGACCGUUCCGCAACGCUUCUCAUGGCCGCGACGCAGACAAGAGGGCAGUGGAGCGGUGCCGAACCGUUUGCCGUCGAUGCGGGAACGCGGCCGCAGGGGCCGAUCGUGGCACUGACCCGCGCGACGCUGCGCUGGUCGAAGCUGGCGGCUUUCUGGUCGCUGGUGCCUGCGAUCUCCGAUAUGGCCGAGGCCGACGCGCACCAGCAUUUCAUGAUGGGCAUGGGCGAGGUGCCCUACAAGCACCAGAUGACCUUUUCGAUCUGGGACGACGAGGCGGCGAUGCGUGACUUUUCGCUCAACAGUCCGACCCAUGGCACCGCCGUCCGGCGUGCGUGGGAGGAGGGCUGGUUCGCCGAAUCCCUCUUUGCGCGGUUCAACCUUCUGGGCGUCGAAGGCGCAUGGCCGGGUCUCGAGCGGUUCGCCUCGGGCGCCGAGCCGGUGACGGACGACAUGCGAUCGCGGCAGGCGGCCUGA